UGUUCGGCUUUGGGUGUCAGCCGCCUUGUAAUUUUUUGUAGUGAUAUUUUAUAGAAAUAAUCCGUGAUAUUGGUGUAGAAACGAUAUAAAGAUGGUUUAACAAACCUGCGAUGCAUUUUAUAUUACUAAACUUUGUGUACUUCGUGUAAAAGACUGUAUUUCCGCCAUCAUAAUGGUUCACUUGGUCAGGAAGUAUACCGUAACACUUGCGCUUUAUUUUGGGUGUAUCGUGUCGUGUUCUUCAGUUUUAGCUCAAGAUAUACCAGAAAUUUUGGACUUGACAGUUGUGAAAGGUGACCUCGGCUCCGCAACCAGCAUCAGUUGCAGCGUAUCACCCUUCGCUGUAGAGGCAGAAUGGCUGUACAAUGCUCAACCACUGAAAAUCGAAAACCGAAUAAAGCAAGUGAUCGAAGAGAGGGAACUCCUGAAGAAGGAUUUGGACGGCAACCCCAGGAAAUAUAAAGUGUACAAUCUGACCAUCUCCAACACGACGUCUGAUGAUGACGGCAACUACACUUGCAUCAGCAAGCUAGGGGACUCCAAGGUGGAGAAGGCAGCGGUGGUAGACCUCAGCUUCCCCGCCAAGCUGGUCAGCAAAACCCCUGGGCCCAUCAGACAUAAUGUUACAGAUCAGGCAAAUGUGACCAUGCAGUGUGUUUUUGAAGUUUACAAAACAAAAGAAGUGACAUGGUGGCGAAGAGGAAAAGAGGACGAUAACAUCGACUUCCUAACGAAACCGGCUAAAAGGAUUAACAUCAAACAAAUUCAGAGCUCCUUCAACUUACACAUACACAGCACGGAAAGUAAUGGGACCUAUAUCUGCCAAGCUUGGGAUCCAGUGACAUCCUCAAAUGUGACAGGAGAGAUUGAUGUGAUGGUCUACGCACCACCACAAGUUGUCAUUGACAAAGUUAUACCAAUCAGCGCUUCCCAACUAUACCUAAACUGGACCAUCCGUUCAUACAAUUCUCCGAUCAAAAGCUACAAUCUUAUGUACAGGCAGCUACCAUCGAACGACUUCAGUCUUUACAUAAAAGAGAAGAUCGGUGUGAAGAAUAUCUCUUUUGUGAUGGAGGGCCUGCAGAAUUCUACGAAAUAUCAGCUAAGAUUGGAAGUGUCGACGUCACAUGGCCAAAGCAAGCAUACUUACGAGAAUACGGUCACGACUUUAGACAAGGAUCCGAUUUUUGUGCCAAAUAUAUCGAUUAAGGGUUUUUCAGCGACCUCCGUGACUAUAGGCUGGGCGCCGCCACCAGAUGACAUAGCUGAAUUGAUACAUUACUACCUGUUGGAGGCUAGGAAGAUGAAUGAGGUAGAAACUAGGAGUGCAUACCAUCCGAGGGACAGUAGGAACCCUUAUAUGUUUGAUAACCUCGAGCCUCAUAGCACCUAUGUGUUCAGAGUGUGCGCGUGUUCGGACUUCACGAAACGCUGCGGUCCCUGGUCUUCUGAGAUGCAAGCGGCUACCCUGGAUGGUAUACCGGGGCGGCCAAGUAACGUUACAGUACAUUGCUCCAGUAAUUCCCUCAAUCUCACCUGGUCACCACCGUUGAAGCCAAAUGCGGAAAUAAAGGGUUACAGUAUUGAGCUAACGGGCAAUGCGACGUACAGAAACGAAUUAGGUGAUAUAAAGCAAGAUACUUGGGGUCCAUUCGCAAAAUUCACUACGAAUGUUUCCAGGAGCAUAAGGCAAGACGACCUUCAGCCGAACACCAACUACACGAUCCGCGUGAUCGCGAUGACGCGCACAAGACGUCGCGGGGAGGAGGAGACGCGGUACUGCAGCACCGCCCCCGCUCCGCCCGCCGGACCGCCCCGCCCUAGGUGGCGCAAGGUGAUAGAAGACGAUAAAUAUGUCUUUACAAUGAAACUGCCGAGAGUGUCUGAAAGGAAUGGUCCAAUAUGCUGCUACAGAGUUUACAUGGUGCGACUCCUACCGAAUUCGGACUGGAACAAUUUGCCGCCUCCGAAAGACAUCGGUAUCAUUGACUACGAAGAAGCUCACGCGGUGCAGCCUGUACUGGGCGCCUACAUUACUGACGUAUUCUCCAAUGACAAAUUCCCGUCCGAAUCGGAACUGGUGAUAGGCGACGGGAAGUCCAUGUACGAUAAAGACGAUCCUUCCAUCAACCGGGAGUCCUGUAGACGUUGUCUACGGAAACCUAAACGCCACUACGAGAUCCCCCGGCCGGCUGUCACCACUACCACUCAGGCUACCACCACCAAGGAGGACGAUCUGUUCUUCGACGAAAUUGAUACCACCGAAGACCCAAUUGUGGAGUUGGAGGAGAAACGAGAAAGGAGAUCGUACGAUUUGGAUGGUGAAAGGGACUACAUGAAGAAUCCAAUGAUGAUGGACAAGCUGAUCGAGGUGGACGUGAAAGAGGAACUGCAAAUACGCGACGGCCUGCUCGACCCCAACGCCAACUAUACGCUGUUCGUGGAACUAAUACCUGGAUCGGAGCUAGACGAGCCGCUAUACAGCGAAUACUUGCACGUGCUGUCUCCAGCUGCUAGCCCCGUCGCCACUACCGGUACCACGCCUUUGGAGCUAGCUCUCAUGUCGGUGUGCGGUAUCGCAAGUCUUGUGGUGGUGGUAAUGAUCGGUCUGUGCGUGGUGCAGGCGCGCCGCUCUCGCAAGCUGCCGCCGCACGCGCAUCUCGAGAUGAACCCCAUACAGGCGGCGUUAAGAUACGUAGUGGGCCAUAUUGGUGGACGUCAAACGGGCGGGGUGCCGCCCGAGUUGCCGCCGAUCCCGCGCGACCGACUCGCCGCCGCGUACGCUGAGCGACAACUAGAUUCCGACUAUGGGUUCCAGAAAGAGUUCGAGUUGUUGCAGAUGCUGCCUGAGUGCUUCCCCGAUAGAACCACACACGCUUCAGAAGCCAGGGAGAACCAACCGAAGAACCGAUACCCGGAUAUUAAAGCGUACGACCAAACCCGGGUAAAACUCCAACCGAUCGACGGCAUACCCGGGUCCGAUUAUAUCAACGCCAACUAUGUUAUGGGAUAUAAGGAGCGAAAGCAGUUUAUCUGCGCCCAAGGUCCAACAGACACCACGGUCAACGACUUCUGGCGCAUGAUAUGGGAGCAUGGGCUGGAGCUGAUAGUGAUGUUGACCAACCUGGAGGAGUACUCCAAGGUGAAGUGCAGCAAGUACUGGCCCGAUGAGGUGCGGGGGGUGCGAGCGUUCGGCAAUAUCACCGUGCACCAUGUGUCUGAGAAACGGUAUUCUGAUUAUAUAGUUCGAGAGCUGAAGAUUUCAAAACAACCACUGAAUUCUGAUGGUCAACCUAUUGUUGAGAAUAACGGAAUAGCAAAGAGAAACGGAGAUUGCGCGGGUCUCGGCGACAGCAGCGCCCCCACGUCGCCGCGCGAGGCCAAGUGCGAGACGCGGCUGGUCCGCCAGUACCACUUCCUUAUGUGGAAGGACUUCGCGGCGCCGGAGCAUCCGCAUUCUAUACUCAAGUUCAUCAAGCGUGUAAACGAGGCAUGGUCGGGUGUGGUGGGCCGUCCUGCAGUAGUCCACUGCUCCGCCGGCGUCGGUCGCACUGGCACGCUCGUGGCGUUGGACUGCCUGCUCGAGCAGCUUAAGACGACGGGCUCGGUGGCGGUCUUCAACACCGUAGCUGAACUCCGGCGGCAGAGAAACUUUUUGGUGCAGUCCCUGAAACAGUACGUGUUCGUGUACCGCGCGCUAGUGGAGAUGGCUCACUACGGCGACACGGAGAUCCCGGCGUCGCGGCUCAAGAGCUCCAUCGACCGCCUGCGGAACACGCCAGAGGGUGCCGACAAGUGCCUCAUGGAGCAUGAGUUUGAGAAAAUGAUGUCCCCGCCCGUCGCCGAAGUUGGCAAGUCGUGCGUAGCGGGAGGGGCGGGCGCGGGCGCGGGGGGCGAGGAGCUGCGUGCACGCAAUCGCAGCGCCAACUGUCUGCCGUACGACCGCAACCGCGUGAUCCUAGCGCCGCUGCCCGCGCGAGACUACUCCACGUAUAUCAACGCGUCUUUCAUAGAAGCUUACGACAACUCAGAAGGAUUCAUCAUCACGCAAGAUCCUCUGCCAAACACAAUCAUGGACUUCUGGCGGAUGGUGUCAGAACACAACGUCUCCACGAUUGUAAUGUUAAGCGAGCUUGGUGAGGGCAAGUGUCCACGGUACUGGGACGACGGCACGGCGCAGUACGAGCACAUCUCCGUACAGUACGAGGAGAGCGAGUCAUGCCCGUACUACACGCGUCGACAGUUCCGUGUUACUAACACCAAGAACGGUUCAUGGCGGUGCGUCCGUCAACUACAAUACCAGGGCUGGCCGACGGCGGCGGGCCACGUGCCCGAAGUAACACGCGGGCUCGCCGAGCUGGCCGAGAUUGCCGCGCCGCUCGCCGAGCCGCUCGCGCACGCGCCGCGCGACCCUCUGCUCGUGCAUUGCCACUAUGGUACGGAGCGGUCGGCCCUGUUCGUUGCGCUCUGCAUCCUGAUCUGGCAACUACGCAUCGAGCGGCGAGUCGACGUCAAUGCUGUCGCACGCAAAGUGCGCUCGCAGCGUGCACGCACCAUCGACACAUUCUUGCAGUAUGAAUUCCUACACCGUGCCAUACUCAACUACGCGGAGUUACACAACCUACUGGAGGACAGUUAAGUGCGUUUGUGUGUACGCAAUACCUAUAUUGAAACUCAUGUCCUCCAAGGUGCGCCUUGGACUUGAAAUCACACUUGCCUAAGCUUUAUUCGUAACUUUUGGCGUUGAUUUUACUUCCCUGAAACUAUUAAGGUCUUUUGUUACUUUUUAUAAGCUAUCAUGUAAAAAUAGAUAAGUGAAAAUCUGCCAUAAUGUAUUAUUAAUAAUUUUGACUGAAAUUUUCGAUUCAAUCUUUAUAGUUCUAUCGAUUUGUGAAUCUAUAUCUGACUUUGCUACUUGUUUUCUAGUUCUGUAAAAUUGACUGUACUGUUUAGUAUUAAAUGUUUAAUUUGGCAGUAAG